GGCUGCGCAUGCGCUACAGAUCAUACCUCACCUUUUCCGCCAAAAACACUUUCUGUAUUUACUUCCUUUUUUGAUCACUGCGUGUUUUUAACACACAUUUCUUCUUUCUAAAUGAGGGGCAGCUCCGGUUAUCUGAUUAUUACAGCGGCUGUUUCCUCUCUCGUCUUCUUGUUUCCUCUGUGUUGUUGUCAACAUGUGAGCUCGGAUGAGACUCUGAUGAAGUUAAAUGUCUCUGCAGCUGAUUUCGACUCGUUCAGAGAGAAGUUUCACCGCAACUAUGAAGUCAACAGCGAGGAGUUUAACCGCCGUCGUCUUUACUUCCAGAAUGCUACAGAGCGGCUUGCAUACCUGAGCGCAUUCUCCACAGCACCACAGUCUGCCAAGUAUGGCGUCAACCGCUUCUCUGACCUCUCGCAGAAGGAAUUCAGAGAUCUCUACCUGCGAGCGAGCGCUGACAGAGCACCUCUCUUCUCUGGGCUGAAGACAGAGGGGCUCCAAGUCAAAUUUGACUGGAGGGACCAAGCAGUGGUGGGACCGGUCCAGGACCAAGGACCAUGUGGGAGUUGUUGGGCAUUUAGUGUGGUUGGUGCCAUACAGUCCGUCCACGCAAAAGAAGGAUCACAGCUGGAGCAGCUCAGUGUGCAGCAGGUCCUGGACUGCUCUUACCAAAACGGAGGAUGCAACGGAGGCUACCCACUCAAGGCCCUGAAUUGGUUGAAGCAAACCAGAGUGAAACUGGUGCCUCAGUCAGAGUAUCCCUACAAGGCCAAGACGGGAAUCUGCCAUUUUUUCUCUCAGUCACAUGGCGGUGUUGCAGUGAUGAACUUUACUGCACAUGACUUCAGUGGUCAAGAGGUGGCAAUGAUGGGUCAGCUGGUGGAUCGUGGUCCCUUGGCUGCUAUCGUGGAUGCUGUCAGCUGGCAGGAUUACAUGGGUGGAAUCAUUCAGCACCACUGCUCCAGCCAACGGUCUAACCAUGCUGUCCUGAUUGUUGGAUACAACACUAUGGGGGAUGUUCCAUACUGGAUUGUGCAGAACUCUUGGGGAACCACAUGGGGGAAUGAGGGUUAUGUUUAUAUAAAAAUCGGUGGAAACAUUGUGGUAUUGCUGAUUCUGUAGCAGCAGUUUUCCUUUGACGAGAUUGUGUGUGCAUCUCUGUCAUUGUUUGUGUGAGUAACUGUGUGUGUUGCCAAAAUCAAAUCAGUCAUCUGUUUGCCUCAAAGUGUCACUUUAAAUAAUGUUUUUAUUGAAAUGUCACCAUGUUACAUUACAAAAAAACAAAAUACAACACUUAAUAUGCUGAUAAAUGUUGGAUCAUACCUGAGCAAUCAACACACACAACUACAAUAAUA